AUGAUCAGAGAACCAGCACAGGAAAAGUCGGUCAAUCAGGAGACACAGCAUGUUUGCGGAAAAACAAAUGUGUACGUGUUCAACUGCUUCCAUGGAGCAACGCUCAACGACGUCCAUUUUUCAAACGACAACAAGGGGCAACAUAUCUACUACGGCCAUGUAUCCAACAUGGACGAGGCGCAAGAAGUAGCAGAGCACGUGAACGAAUUCCUGGGACAUUUGCAUGAGCAGACGAUGCCGAGGAAGAGACAGAAAACUGAGCAACCAGAGAAACACGAAGGGCCGGAAAAAGGGGAGCUCCUGUCUACUCACGUUCAACCAGGGCCUGCUGUUCCUGACCCAGUGGUAUCCGUGGACGUGCUGCAACAAGAGCCCCCAGUGGAAGUCCUUUGUGGUUCCAGUCACUCGCUAAGCCAAGAGCAGAUGCAGUCGCUGCUGGUAGAAGAAAAUGAGGUCCACACCAGACUCCAUAACCGGCCGCUCACCCAGAACGAUCCUUUCUUCUACUUCAACGACAUGUGGCUAUCGAAGCUUGUUCGCGAAAACAAGUAUAGACUGGUCCACUACCAGUACAAAACAGAUCAGAACCUGCCCGUGGCUCCUGACUCUACCGUGUUGAAGGGCGUGGCUCCAAAAAGUUGUCCCUACGUUGCCAUGACUUUCGCCCAGUGCACACAGUGCUCGCUUGUGCUCCCAUACAAGGGAAGAAAGAACUCGCGCAAAAACGACGGAAAUGCGCUCUCGCACGCUAGAAGACACGAAAAGAAGGCUAGCUGA